UUCAUCAUAUCAUCAUCAAAUAUUUUGAUUUUUUUCUCACUGAAGAAAAAUUUUUUUUUUGUUGUAUUCAAUUGCCACUUGUUAAUAAUACCUUAACCAAUUGAAACGGUCGAUCGCCAAAUUCCACAACAUUUAUAUUCGACAAUUGGUUUUUUUUAUUAUCGAUAAAUUCCUCAUAUCCAUACAUCUUAAAUCAUCUUAUAAUAAACAAAUAAACAAGCAACGAAAAAAAAAUCAAAAUGCCAUCCAUUUACGAUUUUCGACAUGUUGAACUCGAUAAAGUUGGUCGAGGAAAAAGAAUCAUUAAAGCACCUGGCGGUGGUGCACACAAUAUUUUUGGCCAUUCAAGCGAUAAUCCACAACCAAUGAAUGGUAAUGGUAAAGCAAAUGGUAAUGGUUCAAUCAGUGAAACUGAAUCAGUAGAUGGUUCAGUAUUAUCAUGUCCAUCAACACCAAUACAUAAUGGUAAUGGUAAUGGAUCACAAUUUGGCUAUGAAUCCGAUACAAGUUCAACACCAUCAUCAACAACUUCAUCAAGACGUGGAUCAUUACAGGAUACUAAAAAUCGUUUGUUUGGUCAACCAGAAGGUUUGGAAUCGCCAAGACGACGUGUUGUUGAUCGUAUGAAAUCAAACAUAUUUGCUGAACCGGAACCAGCUCCUGUUGUGCGUUCACCAUCGGUAAAGAAAUAUGAACAUGUGAUUCGUCGUAAUCCGAUCACUGGUGAAGUUUUGGAAGAACAACAACAGCAACAACAACAACAACAACAACAGCAUUCAACUAGCAAUGGUAAUGGUAAUGCUAUCGUAAAUAUGAAUGGAUCCAUGAAUGGUAUGUAUGAUGAUUGUUUGAUCAUCAUCAUUAAACAAUUUUUUUCUAUUGAAUAUCAAGGAUCGAAUGGAUCAGCUUCCAUGCCUAAUACUCCUGUCCGUAUUCGACAACCACCAGGUGGAAAAACAUCCAAUAUUUUUGGCUGAACAGAGAAAAAAAAAACCUGAAAACAAUAAUAUCAUAUAUCCGUGUAUAUACACGGAUAUAUGAUGAUAUAUAUGUGUGGAUGCACACAUCGUUUUUUCUUUCUACCGCUUCUUUU